AUGAAGAUAUUUGAUUGGAUGCAAAGCAAGCUCACUGGGAAACCCCGGCUUGAAAAACCAAGCUUAAAAUUCUUUGAUGACGAGAAGGUGCAACAAAAACCUUCCAAAGAAGAAGCAAAUGAAUGGCAUCACGGGCUGCUGGCAAUUGGAACAUUAGGAAAUGGUGACUUGAAACUAGAUCAACAAACCAAUCCACCACCCUCCCCCAACGACCACCUCCAUGAUUUCACACCAGAGGACGCUACACACAUUCAGAACGAGUUGAGCUCGUACUUGAACCAAUCAAACUCAGCUGCAUUACUAGAGCUUGAAAAAGCUCCUAACAAGUUUCUAAGCAACCAGUCGAGCUUGAAACCUGAGAUAACAAGUACUGACAAUAAAUCACUCUCUUUUCUCCUCAAGAAAGUGUUUGUUUGUAGCAGUGGGUUUGCACCAGCUGCCGCUGCUCCUGGUCUAAGAGAUCCAGUCCCGGAGUCAAGAAUGGAGAAGAUACUGAGGGCAAUCCUUCACAAGAAUAUAUACCCCCGAAGUUCAAGUACUUCAACAAUGUCCAUGAAAAAGUACUUGGAGAACAGCAACCCCAAGUCUGCCAAAGCUAAAUGGGACAAGACUGAUUCUGAAUGUAAGCACUUAAACAUGAUUAAGACAUGGAUUAAGAGUCUAUAUCGUUCUAGAGAUAUAAGUUUACUGAAUCACUUCUACCAUUUUGUUGCGGCUUCAAACCAUACAAGAGUUCUGUCAAUUGCUGCAAAGUUGUUUGGUUGGGCUCUACAGUUGGGCAUGUGGAAUGCGAAGUGUGACAUUUUUGGCCUAUGUUUGAUUAGAACAUAA